CCCAGGGUUUGGAUGACCAGGCUCUGAAGAACCCACGAGCAACAUCCAGCAUCUAAUCUUCUGAUGCAUAACAGAGGAGAGAGAUGAAGGGACAGCAAAAGGCUACAGAGACGGAAGAAGGUACAGUGCAAAUCCAGGAAGGUGCAGUGGCGACAGGCGAAGAUCCCACCAGCGUGGCCAUUGCCAGCAUCCAGUCGGCCACAACCUUUCCUGACCCAAACAUCAAAUACGUCUUCCGAACAGAGAAUGGGGGUGCCCAGCUGAUGUAUAGGGUGAUACAGGUGGCUGAAGGGCAGCUGGACGGGCAGACGGAGGGCUCCGGCGCCAUCAGCGGCUAUCCUGCAGCGCAGUCCAUGACACAGGCUGUCAUCCAAGGUGCGUUCACCAGCGAAGAUGCAGUUGAGACAGAAGCCACGGCCACCGAGACGCACUAUACGUACUACCCCGCCACCGCGGUGGCUGACACCAGCACUUCGGCUGGGGCAGGGACCACAGCCACGGCUGUGGUGACGACCCAGAACUCGGACGCCUUGCUGGGGCAGGCCACGUCAACCGGCACCGGGCAGUUUUUUGUCAUGAUGUCGCCGCAGGAGGUCCUGCAGAGUGGAACACAGAGGUCUAUCGCCCCCAGGACUCACCCUUACUCCCCGAAGUCUGAAGCUCCACGGACGACUCGGGAUGAGAAGCGCCGAGCGCAGCACAAUGAAGUCGAGCGCCGACGCAGGGACAAGAUUAACAACUGGAUUGUGCAGUUGUCCAAGAUUAUCCCAGACUGUUCGAUGGAGAACACCAAAUCUGGGCAGAGUAAAGGUGGGAUCCUGUCCAAAGCCUGCGACUACAUUCAGGAGCUGAGGCAGAGUAACCUCCGACUGUCGGAGGAACUUCAAGGGCUCGACCAGCUGCAGAUGGACAAUGAAGUUUUGCGGCAGCAGGUCGAAGAGCUGAAAAACAAGAACCUGAUCUUGCGAGCACAGCUGCGUCAGCACGGCGUGGAGAUCAUCAUCAAGGACGCCCACUGACCCGCAGCGGUUGGGCAGGGCCCCGCUCUGAACGCUGCGCUCUUGGCC